AAUGAAGCUCUAAUUAUUUAUAGUCACCAUGACUGCAGGUGCGUCUUUAUGCCCUCAAAAGGACCUGCUGCUUGUUGAGCCUGCACUUCCUCAGAGGUAGGGCCCAUGUGGGUGUGUCAGGCUGGAUCUCAUCUAUAAAGGAAGCACCUUGUUCCUCCCUGUCUGCUGAUCAGUCGUCUUUCUCAGUGUGUCUGGAGGUCCUGAGGAAGCCAGUCGGCCAGAUAUUGAAUGCAGCUUCUGUCUGGACUGUAUUAUAGGUUACUGGGAAUAUUCGGACUCAGGCAGGGGACCACAGUAGUUCUCAGUGCAGAUUAGAGAGACACUGACAGACAUGGACGCCGGUGACUCGACAUCUCAGAGCAACAUGAGGCCUGGCUCUGUCAUCUGUGAUGUGUGUCCUGGGCCAGCACAGAGAGCCGUGAAGACCUGCCUGACCUGCAUGGCCUCCUACUGUGAGACUCACCUCCAACCUCACAGGGUCUCUGAAGCACUGAAGACACACAAACUGAAGGAGCCGAUUAGAAACCUCCAUGAGAGAAUCUGCACAAGACAUCAGAGAGUUCUGGAAAUCUUCUGUAGGACCGAUGAGACCUGCAUCUGCUCGAUGUGUGCGGCGACUGAACAUAAGAGCCAUGACACGGUGACACCUGAGGAGGAGAGAGCGGAGCGACAGGGUGACCUGGAAAACACAAAGGCUGAAAUGAGAAGGAGAAUUGAGGAGAAAAAGAACAAACUGGUGGAGAUGAGUGAGAAAGCAGAGAGGAUUAGGAGCACUGCGGAGACAGAAGUGAAGGACUUCGAGGAGACUUUUGUUUCUCUUCUGAUUCUGUGGUCAGUGGGCCUCAAUCUGAUUAGUGCUCAUGAGAACAGGGAACUGCGAAAGGCUGAACAGCUCAUGAUGCGACUGGAAAAGGAGACCAGAAAGCUGAGGAGGACGCAUGCUGAGCUGGCCGAGCUUUCAGAGACCAACGACCACAUCCACUUCCUCCAGACGUUCCUGUCUUUCUGUGACCAUCGUAGAGAUGGAGACAUCGCUGCUGAUGGAGAUUUGCUUCCAGAGACUAUGGGGACCCGUGAGACCGUGGUCAAAACUCCAGGUUGCAGUCAACAGAAUAUGACGAGUCGACAUGAAUUUUUAAAAUACUUCUCUCCGCUCACAUUGGACCCCAACACAGCAAACCGACGCCUCUGCCUGUCCAAAGGGAACACCAGAGUGACAAGUGCUGUGAAAAUCGUCCCGUAUCCUGACCAUCCUGACCGAUUCGACACUUGCGAACAGGUUCUGUGCAGAGAGGCUCUGAGUGGGACUCGCUGCUACUGGGAGGUUGAGUGGGAUGGAGACGAGGUGGACAUCGGAGUGACGUAUAAAGAAAUCAACAGGAAGGCAGAGACAAAGGAGUGUCGUCUUGGCUUCAAUGACAAGUCCUGGAGUUUGACCUGCUCUCACUUCAAGUGCUCUGUGUGGCACAAUAAGGUGGAGACUCAAUUUAACGUCCCCUCCAGUCACACAUUUGGCGUGUAUCUGGACUGUCCCGCAGGCUCUCUGUCCUUUUAUAGGGUCUUACCUAAAAUGACCUUCCUGAACAUGAUCCUCCUGCACACGUUCAACGCCUCCUUCAGUGAGCCACUGUAUCCGGGCUUUGGGCUUGGACUUGACACCAGUGUCACAAUUCGCUCUCCAUAGUGGUUUAGCUGGUGUCAUCUGUAGGUCACUUCAUGUCUUCUGUCACACGGACUGUCUUGUUAUUUUGGAGAGAUUACUUUUAGAGUUCAUUUGUCAUUUCAUUCCUGGUUCUUCACACACACAAACUCCACCCCAGAAUGACGCUGGACAGCUGUGGUCAGUGGUCCUGCAUUAUUCAAUGUGGUCAUCAUUUAAAAAAUAAGAAGAGAUCUGAGCCCCCAGCCAACAUCCCUCUCCAUAAGGGGUGUCCCCAGACCCCCAAUGUAUAUCCAGUACUCCCACUGACCACUCCAUCUCCAUUUUGAUUUAAUUUUCUGUUGUUUUUGCUCUAUUCCUUCUGUUUUAGGAUUACCAUUUAGUAAACUGGAUUGGCACUUCUUUUUGGAUUUCCUGUUUGGCAACUGCUUGUGCCCCUUUUUAGCUCCUUUGAGCAUUUUAUAUAUAAUUUUUUUUCUUUUUGUAAAUAAAUAAAAUCCUCCUUUUAUAAAGAUUCUUUGUCAUCCAUCUCUUUUCAUGCCAGGGGUUUA